ACUCGUCGCACACCACUUACAUGAAGGAAGAAGUGGACAGAUAUCGCGUGACGAUCGGCAACCGAACGUGUGUUUUCGACAAAGAGAACGACCCGACGAUUCUGCGCUCUCCGUCCACCGGAAAACUGCUGCAAUUCCUGGUGGAGGACGGAUCGCACGUGUAUUCCGGUCAGGCGUACGCCGAGAUCGAGGUGAUGAAGAUGGUCAUGACUUUGACCACUCAGGAGUCGGGCAUUGUUCAGCACGUGAAGAGGUCGGGCGCUGUUCUGGAGGCCGGAUCUAUUCUGGCGCGUCUCGAACUGGACGACCCGACGCGCGUCCAUCGCGCAGAACUCUUCACUCUGGGUUUCGACGCGUUGUGCGAAACGGACUCAGACGUGGUUUCGCACGCGUUGGCGGUCAUCGACGGCCACAACAGCAAUUCGGAGACCAAACUGAACGUCUCGUUCACGACCGCCAAAAACCACUUGGAGAACAUUUUGGCCGGUUUCGGACUUCCCGAACCCUUCUUCAGCCAAAACAUGAACCUCUAUGUCGAGCAGUUCAUGGAAUGUCUGCGCGAUCCUCGACUUCCGCUUCUCGAGCUCCAAGACAUCAUUUCGUCGACUUCCGGCAGAAUUCCAUCUCAAGUGGAAAAAUGCAUUCGAAAACUAAUGAACAACUAUUCGAGCAACAUUACCGCCAUUUUGGCCGCUUUUCCGUCGCAACAAAUCGCUUCCGUCAUCGACUCCUAUGCGGCCACUCUUCAGAAGCGCGCCGACAGAGACGUCUUCUUCCUCAACACUCAGGGAAUCGUCCAAUUGGUCCAAAGGUAUCGCAACGGUAUUCGCGGAAGAAUGCGUUCUUGCGUUCAGGAAUUGGUUCGCAAUUACAUAGAAGUGGAACAACACUUCCAAAGCGGUCAUUACGACAAAUGCGUUUCUCAGUUGCGCGAGAAGUUCAAAGAGGAGGGCAUGGCGUGCGUCGUGUCGCAGAUCUUCUCGCAUCUGUCGGUCACCAAAAAGAAUCAACUCAUCAUCAAGCUGAUCGACCACUUGUGCGGACACGAGCCGGGCAUCACCGACGAGUUGUCGUCCAUUCUGAACGCGCUGACAAUCCUGAACAAAGCGGAGAACGCGAAGGUGGCGCUGCGCGCGCGC